AUGCCUGGCAUUGUCGUUUCGUUUCUUCAUCGCUGUCUUGAUAGACUCGUCACUAACAAGUCUGAAUCUAUUCAGGAUUCAUCAUCAGUAAAUAUGGACAACGAAUCCAAUCCCAACUCAGAUGAUGAUAAUCCAAAUGUCAGCAACGACAACAAUCAACAAAACCUCAAUGAAAACAUCUUCGGCCUUCCUAAUAUGUUCAACAGCGCAAACUUCGCUCAGGCUAGUAUUCUCUCUAAAGAUGCCGAAAGCGCCAUGGCAAGCCGAGUUAGUGGCUACACGAGCAUUUUCUCCGAUGUCCCUAGCAGCACUAAAGACAGCCCCGUUUCUACUCACACGAAUACAUUCUCGAAUUACUCAAGUGGUGUUAUGACUAGUCCAGUUUCUGCUCAAACUAGCAUAUCUGGAAGUGUUUCGAAUACUCAUUCGAAAAGUCCUGUUCCUGCUCAGACUAGCAUCUUCGGAGAUGUUUCGAGUAGCAAGUCGACUAUACCAAAUUCAGCACAAGCCAGUACUUUCUCCAAUACACCGAACAGCACCAUCGAAACUUCGAACACAAUUCAGCCCAUCAUUCCAAGCUCUGAAGUAGAUCUACUUCCUCCUGAUCCUGAGCCGGAGCAAGACCCCGACAUAGACCCAGAAAUUAACCUCGAUGACAACUCAGACAUCGAAAUGGACAGCGACACCAGUUCCCGCUCCACCAGUUCCUCCCCAGGAGCCCCUGAUUUCAACGCCCCUGCCGCUCCAGCCCUAGAAACUUUCUCUCUCCCCUCAUACCGCUCCUCUCCAUCCAUGCGAUGCAACAUGCCCCGCAAUUUCCAAGAACUAAGUAUCAUGUUCAACAGCACCAAACGCACUGCCGCAAUCAAAGGACAAGCGCAUCGAAUUGGAACCGCGGGCGCUGAUAGAGAUGAUAGCGGAACCUACGAUCCGAGUUUAGAACGGAAACGAAAUACGAGGAGUACGAGAGCGACGACUAAGAAGAAUAAGGAGAGUGGAGGAGAAACUGUGAAGAACGUGAGCGCGGAUAGUGGGAGAAAAACGAAGGAGCAGGGGUCAUUUGAGUUGAUGGUUUCGAUUAAGUUGACUAGUGAAAGAGGAUUAGCGUAUUUGAGAGAAAUCACGCCGGGUCCCGAAGAUGAUGAGAGAAAGUUUCCACCGAUUCAUGAAGCGGACGAUGAUGAUUCGACUGAUGAUGAUGAAGAAGAUGAGGAUGAGGAAGUUGCGAUUGACAAUUCGGCUCCCUCCACACGGAGAAAGAGAAUUAAAACUUCGCAUAACCGAAGAUCCGACGGUCUAAACCUCUCCGAUCUCAACAACGGGCACCCCCAACGUCGCGGCUGCAAAGGCUGUUUCGAAGCCGGCGACGACGAAUGUUCUCUCAUAGAAUAUAGUCACGAAUGGCCUUGUGAGAGCUGUGAAGAUGCGGGUAUCGAUUGCGAGCUCAUCAUUCCCCCUAAACUAAAACUGUCCUGUAUUCGCUGCAAAGAAAAGCUGCGAAAACGAUGCUCCUAUGCGGAUGAUGGUGGAAAGGAUGUUGAUUCUUGCAAAGCGUGCGAGGAAACUGGCGCGAAAUGUAUUGCUGGUCCUAAAGCUGGCUCGGGACCUUCGAUGCAGAUGACGGAUGUUCUUGAGAAUAUUGGGGCGAAGAAGAAGGGAAGUUCGAAUAGUAAGAAAGAAAUUGAAAAGAAGUUGUUGGCAACAGCUAUAACUACUGUUACCAAUGUUGCUAAACCGAAAGCCGCGCCUAGGAAAUACGUUUCGUGCAACCGAUGCAGACUCGAAUUCAAAGCCAAAUGUCCGCUGAAGCGCGAUGAAGAAGGACCAUGCAAUCGCUGCAUCAAAGCAAAAGUACCUUGUACUUUCAUCAUGCUACCGCUCCCAAUUACCACACCUUCCAAUAAGGGAAAAGGCAAAGCAAAUGCAAAAGAAAUUGUUCCAGUUCUCAGAACUCCCCAGGAUCUUACUCAAACCAUCAUUCUCGAAUCAACUCGAGUCAACGAUCGAGAGUGGCGCACUACAAAUCCUUACGCUCGACGUACCAAAACGCAACAAAAAGCCUACGAAAGAGCUACAACUUCUUCUUCUUCUUCCGAUGAGCAAUUCUGGAUGGCCAACUCCACCAAUAAACAUAAUUCCCUCAGUAGACUACCUUCAUACGACCUCGAAUACUCCACACAAGCUACAAAGCAACUUAUUCCUCCAACCUUCGCUCUUCAUCACAAAGGUAUCCGCACCAUAAUCAUUCCCACCUCAUUUGCACACCCCCUCAUAUUCAAUUACAAACGCGACCCAAUGGCUCUCUACCCUUCAUGCGAUUUCCACUCCACCCCCUUCUUCGGACUCUUCGGCUACGGCAUCCGCCACGUCACAGUUGUCCCCUGGCCCUCCAUCACGGGAACCGGCUACGAAGAACUCGAAAACGGGUGGGGAGAUAGUGGAGCCGGUCAUGAGGCCACAAGAAUGUGCGUAAAGUGUACAUACGAGCGGGUCAAAAUUCUCGGAUGCGCAGAACACGAAUUAAGACCAUUAGAAGGACUGGACGAGCGAAUGAGAGACGAGAUGUUAGUGAGAGAUAGUGUGAAGGCCUGCGAGGAAGGAAUGAUGCAGGGGAAAUGGGUGAAAGGGAGUGGAGAGACGCCGGAGCGGGGAAGUCGGGCGGAUUUGGUGUGGAGAGCGAAAUGGUGUGCGGUUUGUCCGAGGCCGGGGGAUUGGAUUUGUAAAUCUGGGGAUACGUGUGAGGGGCGGAGGAGUCUGUCGCAUUCUACGCAGGGUAGUCAAUCACAUGUGAAAGGAUGUGGUUUAAUUCUUUGUGAUACGUGUUAUGAACUUCAUGGGAAGGUUCAGAAGGGAGGGAAGAAGGGAGGAAGAAUUGUUCUGGGUAGGGUUGUUCAGCUGGCGGGGAGUCCGAGUAGAAGAGAGGACUAUCCGGAUGGGGUGAGAGCUGAUGCGGGGUUUUUGAGGGAAGAUGGGGAGCUUUUUGUUAGGACGCUGAAAGGAGGUUGUGCGGGGAGCAAAGGAGAAGUCAAGGAUGGGGAAAGAAGUUUGACGGCAGGCGAAACAGAAACUGUAGGGAGAGGAAUAAGUGGGGGUCAUGAUGGUAUGAAUCCGGUUGGGAACAAAAAGCGACAAGGAAAAGACCUUGAUGUCCCUCGACCGCGACAGACUCGAGACUCGAUUACAGUAGAUAAAGGAGUCAUGGCGAAAGAAGAAUUUGCGAUCACAGCGAAAACAAAGGCAAACGAAAAGAUGAAAACUGAGGACAGGGGUGAGGAGAUAAAUGAAUCGAUUAGGGAAGAGAAAAGAAUGGAGAGGAUGUCGUGUGGAACUGUGGCUCAAGCUGCCAGGGCACGCGAGCCAUUUACUAGCGAUUUUACUGGUUCUGGAGUGGCCAGUGGAAGAUGGAAGGGAAAGGGCGUAGAUAGAAGAUAUCGUCGGGAGAUAGGAGUGAUUGAUGUGAUGAGAAAUAGUGCUGGGAGGGAAAUCAAUGAGUUAAGCGACUAG